ACUGAUUUCCUCUACAAUUAGCAUAAGUGAAAAAUUAAUUACCAACAUUUACAAACUGUAUUUGGACUAUGAAUACACAGCAAUCUAUGAGCUUCCAGACCCCGUACAAUAAUGGAACACUUUACAGUCCACCACAACAGAGACAGUCUUUUGCAAUCCAUGAAAUUCUCGGACUGCCAAAUUGUCGACAGAACCAGAGCCCAGACUUUCUAGAUGCACAGGGAUACACUAACAUAUCGUAUGUACCAGGACUAACACCGACCUCUCCAUACCAAACAGGCAAUGUUGGAUUUGAAACACAACCACAAGGUUUUUACAGAGACCAGACUGUUCCACAGGGUACAAGUACUUCUUUUUGUCCAUGGAGACUGGAUACGGGGACAGUUACAGCCCAAACAUAUUCUACAGGUACCCCACGGUACACAGACAACAUGGGGUACGGAGUCAAGGCACCGGCCUUGGACGAAGGUUUACAACGACCAGAAUGUGCUCAUCUUGAGAAAACAGAACAACAGAUAAAUAAAAAGCAGAAAAAGCGACGAAGACACAGAACAAUUUUUACGGGUUAUCAAAUAGAAGAACUAGAAAAGACUUUCAAAGAAUCUCACUAUCCGGAUUUAUAUGCCAGGGAAGUUCUAGCUCUAAAAAUUGAUCUUCCAGAGGACAGAAUACAGGUUUGGUUUCAAAACAAGAGAGCGAAAUGGAGAAAAACAGAGAAGAGAUGGGGAAAGAGCAGCAUUAUGGCGGAAUAUGGUCUCUAUGGUGCUAUGGUUAGACACGCCCUUCCGCUUCCGGAAUCAAUCAUUAAUACUGCUGAUAAAGGAAUCGAGAAAUCGAGUGCACCAUGGCUGUUAGGAAUGCACAAGAAAUCGUUAGAAGCUUCGAAGAAAAUACGGGAAGAAGAAGAAGAUUGCGUUGAUAACACGGACAAUAAAAAUACAGACUUCCGGUCUGAGAGUAUAGCCCAACUUAGAGCCAAAGCCCAGGAGCAUAAUGCUAGAUUAUUACAGGCCUUGAACAAGACUGACCAGGAUAAACAGUCGGAGGAGGAAUGUAGUGAUAAUUCAUUUGAUGGAUCAUUUUUUUCUGACACAGUGGAAUCUUCUGAUCUUCUUAGAUCGUAAUUAUUUGACAUCAGAUCUUCUCCGUCCAUUCAGUAUUUAUUGCAUAAUUAUUAAUUUAUAGAGUAAAGUGACGUAGCGUAACCGUUGAAAUAAUCCUUUAUUUUCCAUUUAUGUGUAUAAACUCGGGGACUUAUUUUCAGGAUACAAUAUUGCCAUACAAACAAAAACAAUAUCGAAUUCAUGCUCGCUCUCAUCACACAAGAUGCGAACCGCCAUUUUAAAUCUUUUUACUCCCAUCUCUUCUAAUUGAA